UCUUUUUGAUGAAAUUGAUAAAAAAUAUGGAUCAAUCAAUCGAUUCUAAUAAAAUUGAUAAAUCAUUUCAUUUCUCACCACUAACAUUGGAACAAAUUCGUCAGAUGCAUGAUGAUUUUGUAAUGAAACGUAAUUGGGAACAAUUUCAUCAACCACGAAAUAUUUUGCUUGCAUUGAUCGGUGAAUUGGGUGAGAUUGCCGAAAAUUUCCAAUGGAAACCGGAUUCAUAUUGUGACAAUGGACUGACCAAAUGGACCGAAAAAGAACGAAAUGCAUUGGCCGAUGAAUUGAGUGAUGUUCUUAUUUACUUGAUUCGUCUAUCCGAUCGUUGUCGAAUCGAUGUUUCCAAAACAAUUUGCAAAAACUAAACCAAUGACUAUCACUUAUCUUUUAUUGUCUCAAAUAUCGAUGUUGUCAUGAUGUGAAACACUUUUUUUCAAUUGAUUGAUAAAUUUAUCAAUUUCCUUGAGAAAUCAAUCGGUUGUCAAGGAUAUGGAGAUGGAAUAAAAAACGUUAAUUGUAAUCAUA